CGUUGUUUACUACAUAAUUUAUUGUCACCUAUUUUUAUCACGAAAAUAUUCCAUGUUUAUCGUCACAAAAAAAUAGUGAUUAUGUGCUCAUAAUGCCACAAAGUAUUUGUGGUGUCUGUUCUUGUUUUGUUCGUCGUGUAAUGAAUUCACGAAUUGAUAUCUGUCAGCUGUGCGGAGGGAGGGCUAUCAAACUGUCAGAUGGUGAAUAGCAAAGCACAGCGGUAGUGAGAAUAAUUUUCAACAAAUAUGAGUUUUUAUUUCCAAUUUCACACGCAUAGGUAAUCGCCGCGCCUAGUUCUAGCUGUAAGACAACAUCGAGUCGACACCGGAUCGCGCGGUGCAGUACAAUGGGCUCGAGAGACAGGGACACAAAGUCCCUUCAAGAAAAGUUGAAAGUGUUCUUCAAGAAGGGUGCUACGGCGCCCGUAGCGGCGACCAGCGAGCUGGUGGUUUCUCCGGAGCUACGGCGUGAAUUGGGGCCGGAGUCUCCGCUGCACCGUCGCCUGCGAGCUAUCAAGGAGGUCGGGGAGAAGGUUCUGCAGAUUCGAGUACAAGAAGGUGGAGUAGAAAAAAUAUGGACAUGCACAAGAGACCUACUAGAAGACCCAAACACCGAAGCCCGCCACGCAGCGCUGGGCCUCCUGCGUUGCAUCGCGGAGGGCCAACCUGACCUGAUCAUCAUGCGCACCAUUCUGUUCCAAUAUCUCCAGAGGACCCAUAGCACCCACCCUCCUGAGGACUACCAGCUGCGUUUCAAGCUUCUAUACACCCUGCUUAAUACUGGAAAAGACAUUAAGUUUCUUGAAGAAAUGAUCGGCCCAUUCCUGUUGGAAUGGCUGCCGCAGCUCCAGGUGCCGGCGCACAUUGUGGAGUUUGUGAACCUCAUCAUCAACAUUGUUAAAUUCAACGCUGCUUAUUUGGAUGAAGAUAUUGUGCAUGGAAUUGUGAACAACGCAUGCCACCUAUGCGUGUACUCGAGCGAUGCGAGCGUCGUGCAGGGCUGCCUCUCGCUGUUAGAGGCCGUGGUCUCGUACUCGAUCCUACCGCGAGAAGCACUCGGGACAUUCGUGGCAGCCCUGUGCAGGACUGUCAUUAUUGAAAACUACUGCCAGAACAGUUGGAAGCUGAUGCGUUGCGUGGUUGGUGCGGACAUGGGCCACGCGGCGCUGCAAGAGAUGGUGGAGUUAGUCCGCGCGGCCGGCGAAGCCACGUCCGAAGACGACGAGAGCGCAGGGCUGGCACGCGGCGCCGUGUUCUACAUCACCAUGGCGCUGUGGGGGCCCAGGAGGGUGCACACCCUGAAUGUGUCCUACCUGGCAGUGCUGCCCGCGUUCCUCAAGGCAUUAACCGGUCGUCACCUAGUAGUGACGUACGAAGUGGUGGUAGCAUUAGAGAGCCUCGUGGCGCGAGUGCCCAUGGAGUUGCAUGAAGUGACCUGGGACCUAGUACUAGAUAUCGUGAGAGCUGUGCUGCAACAAGACAAAACGUUUGACCCGCCCAACGAGUUGAUUCACAACCGGGUACACGCGCUCAUCACGUCUAUAGAGCAGCUGCACGAAGCCGGGCAGUAUCUAGGCGACACCGAAGCCUUGCUGGACCUCAUCGACUCAUGCGGACAUGACCGACCGGAGGCGUCAACGAUGCGGUUAAUAUCAGAGAGGUUAUCAGCAUUGGGCGGAGGAGACGCGAGCGCGGCGCUGCGGAUAGCAGAGCGAUACGUGCGGUUAGAGUCGCGGCUACCCGUGCGGUUGCAUGCCUUGUCUACGCUUCUCACCUACAUCAAGAGACACAGGUGUACGCACGGCGAGGAGCUGUCGGAGCGCGUGGGCGGCGCGGUGGCAGGCGCGUGCGCGCUGGACGCGGACGUGUCCAUACGUGCCGCGGCCGCGCGCGCGCUGCCCGACCUGGCCAAGAUGUGCUCCUCAGACGCCUGCGUGGACCUCAUAGACCAGCUCGAGAAGAUACUGAACCGUCCGUUCGACAUGUACGUAACAGAAGUAUCAAUCCCCGCGGACGCGGACACCUCAGACUUGCGACUCGCGGCGACCGGCUUGUUGGAUCUGCUGCACGACAAAUUGUUGCGUACGCCGGCCACGCACGCCGCUCGAGCCUUCCUGGUGCUGCUCGAACACUUGGACCACCACUACCGACGACCGGCGCUGCUGCACCACCAUCCUGAUAUACGGCUCAAGAUCCUGGACAUGCUAUUCGGCCUACGUGCGAACUCACUGAACUGCGUGGGGUUUUGCUAUGAAAACAAACAACCAGUCCACGGCUUGGCGGCGGCUCGCGCGCGGCCGAUUUGCUCGCCCUUUCUGCUCGCCGAGCCGCCGGCGCCGCGAGGGACGCAGCCCGCUACGCAAAAGGAACUACCGCCGGGUGCAUGCCCAAUACCGGUGGGCCGCGCGGCGCGCACGCUAACCGCCGCGUUAGCGAGCGAAGCGGAUUGGUCAGUACUAGCGCACAUACUGCGCGAGUUGCCACCUUUAUUGCAUGCGCGUGCGCUGGCCGUGGGCCGCCGCGCGCAGGAUCUUGACUUGCUCGCCUCUACACUUUGCUCUAUGGUAUCGGACCGUAACCUGUGCGUACCCGAGCCUCUGAGAACAGGUCCACCAGGUCGAAAGCUUCUAGUAUCGGAAUUACACGCGGCGGCGCUACCUGCCCUCGCUGCUUUGGCGUCUUACCACGCUUACCUCGAGCCACAAACGCAACAGAAAAUUGUCAGGUGUCUUCUCAAGUAUGGAAUGGUGCUCCGAACGCCGCAGCCAUUCAUCAACGCUCUGACGAUAUUCACGUUAGAAACGCGUGAUACGAUGGUGAAGAUGCUGCCAGAAGUACUGCUCGACCUAUCCAAGAUCUCUGACACCAAGGCCAUCGCCAGCCCCAUGCUGGAGUUCCUAUCGACGUUAACGCGGCUGCCGCGCGUGUUCGCCUCGUUCGUGGAAGACCAGUACAUGUCGGUGUUCGCCAUCCUGCUGCCCUACACGAACCCGUCGCGCUACAACCACUACGUAGUGUCGCUGGCGCAUCACGUCAUCGCAGCCUGGUUCCUCAAGUGCCGCCUCUCUUACCGCAGGAACUUCGUGCGAUUCAUCAUACAUGGUCUGCACAACUACAUCAUCAUGCCGUUCGAGGAGCAACAGGCGUUCAAGACUAACAACUACCAGCCCGGCAACAGCGCCAUUAACGAAGACUCCUCCAACAGACAACGCAGCUCUAGUCUGAACGAGGUGUUCGUAAAGCUGCAUAGCAUUACGCUAAGUGACCCUUGUUGGCAGGGUUCCCGCGCGGUGUCCCGCGCGCCGCUGUCGGGCUCGCGCGGCGCCCCAGCCGCCUUCCACGUGGAGCUCACUGAGACUUGCGUGGAUCUGCUCGCGAGAUACACCUUCACACCUUGCAGCGUUAAACCGCAAAGGAGUGACACGGCAGAGUUCCUGUUCAACGGCGGUCAGUCCACGACGUGGCUGGUGGGGCACAAACUGGUCACCAUCACUACGUCCGGCUGUUUGCAGAACUCCAUCAAACAGGGCCUAUGCGAAAGAUGCGCCACGCUAUGUCGUCAGCACGCAGAGAGCGCGGCCAGUCCCCUGCCCGCACCCGUGCCGCCUUUAUUUAACGAUUUCAUUGAUACACCCGCGCCCACGUUACAAGUGAACGACAGCGCCGAGCCUGCUCCGCCGCCCAACAACCAUCUACAAGUUCACGCCAACCACGCGCCUGAAGUCAAACGCUACAGCAAGUACUCGCUGCAGCACAGCCGCUCCACGGAGACCUCCUGCUCCUCCCUGUCCAUCUCCGAGCUGCAGCCGCCCUCCAGCGGACACACCACCAGACAAAACUCUGCGGAAAACAACAAGACCACGGACCCUAUCAUAGAUGCCCUUAAUCAAUUUACGCAGCGGUUUGAAAAGAUAUCCAAAGAAGUGGAGGACGACAGUGCGGGCUGGUCCCGGGUAGGCGAGCUCACGGCGGCCGGGUCUUGCCCGUGCUGGUGCGCGCGCUGGGCGGAGCUGCACGUGCGCUCGCCCACCGGGGAUGUGUCGUGGCUGUUGAGGAUGCAGAACCAUAUGAGUUCGUCGCAGCUACAAGAGUGGCCGCUGCAAGACGUGCUAGCUUUACUGUCACCGCCGCUCAGUGCUGACCUCUCCAGCGGCAUCGGGGACUCCCGACCUGACCUGACAUCGGAAGGCUCGCCUCGGAUGUCGCGGUCGGCUUCACAACGCUCACACGCGCCUGACUUGCACAAAUCCAGUUCCGACACAGUAGUAGGCAGCGAUAAGAAAUCGCUCCAAUCGGCGAACGCUGCGGCAAGCGCGCGAUUGGGCACGCAGCCAAUCAACAUCCCCGGCUCGCCGCAGCGGCAGAGCUCGUCCAGCACGACAGACGAUGACGACAUGCUGCUAAUCGUGCCAGAGGGUAAAUCCCGUCACCCGGUGCGUCGGUCGAACUCGUCGCCGGAGAUGUCCUCGUCGUGGAAGGGCGCGGUCGCUCGUGAGCCUUCGUUGCAGCUGCAAGACUGUGAGCUGACGGUCGACGUGGACGACCUCAUACUGCUGCCUAGCUGCGAACCCACGAGCGCGCCAAUGGCAAUGCAUGCGUCGAAGAAGGCGAAUAAAAAAAGCGAUAUGCGGGUAUCGUGUGAGGCCAUUCCUGAGGAGAUGUGCGGAACCAGUCCGCAGCCCGCACACCCGCACCCGCACCUUAUGACGUACAAGUCUGACCCCGGCACGUCUGGAGCAGAGAGCGAAGGAGAAACUCACACCGAAACUAACAACUCUACGUCCACGACCGCACACCAUCAAUUACAAAAGACAAGCAGCGACAGCCGCGUGGUGCUGCAGUCGCACGAGCACAACACGAGUCGGACGGAAAAGAGUGACCUCGGGAGGGACGAACUGCCGCCGUUAGCGCGAUCCAAGCGAUCCAACACCAUCUCCGUCAUGAGCCCUACUAGAAGAAACAGGGAUAUAAGGAACAUCACGAGUGGUCCCAGCAGUACAGGGGCAAGUGCAGCAACCGUCGGCGGCGGAGUUUCCCCUUCAUUUGUGUUCCUGCAGCUGUACCAUAACAUGAGCACCUACCCCAUCUCACCCUCUGUACCAGGCGAGGCGCCGGCGCCGCCCAGCGCGCUGAGCGAGCGGCCGCUGAAAGUGUCGGGGGAACACCACGAAAGGACCAUCAAGAACCUCGAUCUGGUACCGCCCGUUGAGACGUACAAGGUGGGAGUCCUAUACGUGGGGCCGGGACAGCAAGAUGAUGAAGUUGCAAUUUUAAAAAACGAAUACGGCAGCGUUAGGUAUAUGGAUUUCUUGAGGUUACUGGGAACGCUGGUGCCCUUAGAAGGCGCGGAAGAGCCUAAUUUGUUCCUCAAUCUAGAAAAAGGUGGCAAAGACGGCCGGUACACCUACGUAUGGAAUGAUGACAUCAUGCAGGUUCUGUUCCACGUGGCGACAGCGAUGCCCAGCUCGGCGCGGGACCCGCACUGCAACGAGAAGCGCAAGUACAUCGGCAAUGACUUCGUGUCCAUCGUCUACAACGACUCCGGCCACGACUUCAACAUACUCACCAUCAAGGGCCACUUCAACCUGUGCAUCGUGGUGGUGGAGCCAUUAGAGCACGGCAUGAACCGCGUCACUCUAAAGACCAAAGACGAGCGGCUGCGAGGCAAGUUCCUCGCGCACGUCGAGCCUCAGUGUGUGUCGGACUUGAACGUCGCGCUACUGGCGCGCCAACACGCGCUGCACGCCGCGCUGGCGUCCCAAAUCUCGCAAUCUCUAAAACCGGGUAGCGAAGCGUACGCAUCCAACUCUUUAGAACGACUGCGUAUUAUCAAGCGCCUCAGGGCUCGGGCUGAGGCGGAGCGCCAGGCCGCCGCCUCGCGAGCGCCCGCGCCCUACGCCGCCGCGCCCGAGAGACACCGCCGAGUCGCUAUCGACGACUUUAACGACUACACCUAGAGCGACGCAACUUGGCUCUACACAGCCGUGCGCCCGGGUCAUACAACUCAUCAGUCACUGUACGUUCACCUAGAGAU